AACCGAGAUACCACUGUACCGGUUGGUAUUAUCAAUAAGUUACUAGCAGGCCAGUGUUUCUCAGACUUUUUGAGCUCGGUCCCACCCUUCUAAGGUUGAUUUAACAUCUAGCUUCCCCAACCCAGUAGCAAUAAUUUGUUCUACACAUAAGCAUGUUGUGUGCAUUCAGCCUGCUGCUAUGUGCAAGGAUCUAUGGGUGGGCUCAUGAAUCCAACAUUGGCGUUAGAAAAAGAGUAGGACAGAGCAUCUCUGAUCCCUCCUAAAUCACACAUAGGGAAGUGCCAUUAGUACAAAGCAGAUGCACUCUGCAAAAUGUAUUGGGAUGGGUCAGACUUCUAGAUCCAACAUGGAUCAGGGAGGACUCUCUGUCAGGGGGCAUUUAACCCAGCUAAAUCUUGGUGGCGGUUGGGAGGAAGGCUGCACCUGCCUCAGAGUCGGAUCCCUCCCUGGAACGUCACAGAAUCCACUCCCAAGUGUUCUGUGCCUCCCAAGGAGGCAUGGUGCAGUUGGUGAUCCGCUAAACUUAGAAUAGUUUAUUACCAAAUAUGAUUCACAGUCUGCUGCUUUCCUUUAUGCUGAAUUAAUUCAUUUCCUAUUUAUUCUUUUGGGCAACUUUUAGCAUAUGUCUCCACAUGUAUGCGUGAAAAACCGGUUCCUCUUUUAAAAGUUGCUAUUACGUCUUCCUGUGGUAUGGAGUUGGUGAGCAGUGAGCAACCUGUUGUUAUGAGAGACGACAACAAACGAAGAAGGAGAAGGAUGAAGCCACACUCCACAGCAAGCAACUUGUCUUCAACUGAAUUGAUAUCCAUCGAGUUCAUUCUACCUACAAGCAACAUGCUAAUAGAUAUAGCCAGCAACUGUACAGUAGAGCAGAUGAAAGCACAAGUUUGGAUGCGAGCAAUAGAGAGGAAUCAGACCUCGGAUUUCUACCAUAAAUUCACUCCAGAUCAAUUUGUUCUUCAGUACCAAAAGAAGGGACAGUGGUAUGAAAUUUAUGACAAACAUCAAAUAAUACAGACACUUGACUGUAUAUUGUAUUGGAAAGUGCUACAGAAGAAAGUGGGCAAAAUUCAUGUGAUCCAAAAGCAGAAGCCCACAGAGGACGUUCAGAAGUUUCAAAAGCAACUCAAUUAUUUGAUUGGCUAUGAUGUUACUGAUGUCAGUAAUGUUCAUGAUGACGAGCUGGAAUUUGCUCGACGCAGGUUAGUCACUCCACGGACAAUUGAAGUAACCUGCAGAGAUCCAAAAUUGUAUUCAAUGCACCCUUGGAUUACAUCCAAACCACUCCCAGACUACUUGCUUAGUAAAAUUGUCAAUAAUAAUAUUUUAAUAAAUAUACACAGAGGAACAACUAGCCAAAAGAUUAAAGUACCUAUUGAGGACAGUCCAGAUCUCAUCCUUCAGAGUUUUUUCACCAAAAUGGCAAAGAAGAAAUCUUUGAUGAAUAUUCCUGAAGAUUACAGCGAGCUGAACUUUGUUCUGAGGGUGAGUGGCAGGGAUGAGUAUAUUGUAGGAGACACACCUCUCAAAAACUUCCACUGGAUAAGGCAGUGUCUCAAGAAUGAGGAUGAAAUUCACUUGGUUCUGGAUGAGCCACCUGACCCAAACCAGGAUGAGGUGCAAAAAGAGGAGUGGCCCUUAGUGGACGACUGCACUGGAGUGUCAGGAUACCAUGAACAGCUGACAAUAGAUGGCAAGGAUCAUGAGAGAGUAUUCACUAUAUCAUUAUGGGAUUGCAACAGGAAAUUCAGGGUCAAAAUAAUUGGCAUUGAUAUCCCUGUGCUUCCAAGAAACACAGACCUUACUGUAUUUGUUGAGGCUAAUAUUCAACAUGGGCAGCAGCUCCUUUCACAGAAAAGAACCACAGCUAAACCAUUUACUGAAGAAGUCCUGUGGAAUACGUGGCUUGAGUUUGAUAUCAAGAUUAAAGACUUGCCCAAAGGGGCACUUCUGACCCUACAGGUAUAUUGUGGCAAAGCACCAGCUUCGUCUGCAAAGGCUAACCUCCAUUUGCAUGAUUCCCCAAGUUCUGACGCUAAAUGCAAAACCCAGCUUCUCUAUUAUGUAAACAUUUUGUUGAUAGACCACCGGUCCCUGCUCCGGACUGGUGACUACGUGCUUCAUAUGUGGAAAUUUCCAGGCAAAGGGGAAGAGCAGGGAAGUAUAAAUGCUGAUAAGCUUACUUCAGCCACGAAUCCAGAUAAGGACAAUUCCAUGGCUGUCUCCAUUGUCCUGGACAAAUACUGCCACCCCAUAGCCUUGCCCAAGCACAAGAUAGCAUCUGAUCCACAAGCGGACAGGGCCAGAGCUGAAAUGCCCAACCAACUGCGCAAACAGCUUGAAGAGAUCAUAGCCACUGACCUGCUUAAUCCACUUACCCCUGAAGACAAAGAGUUACUGUGGCAUUUCCGAUAUGAAAGUAUAAAGCACCCAAAGGCAUACCCUAAGCUGCUUAGCUCUGUGAAAUGGGGACAGCAAGAAAUAGUAGCUGAGACAUACCAAUUAUUAUCCAAGAGAGAUGCUUGGGACCAAAGCGCCUUGGAUGUUGGAUUGACAAUGCAACUUCUAGACUGCAACUUUUCCGAUGAAAACGUGAGAGCGAUGGCGGUGCAAAAACUGGAGGCUUUAGAAGAUGAUGAUGUUCUUCAUUAUCUCUUGCAGCUAGUUCAGGCUGUGAAAUUUGAGCCUUAUCAUGACAGUGCAUUAGCCCGAUUUCUUCUAAAACGAGGCUUAAGGAACAAAAGAAUAGGACACUUUUUGUUUUGGUUUUUGAGAAGCGAGAUUGCACAGUCCAUGCACUAUCAGCAAAGGUUUGCUGUGAUCCUGGAAGCUUAUCUGAGAGGCUGUGGAAAAGCCAUGCUGCAAGACUUUAUGAAGCAGGUUCAAGUAACUGAGCUGUUGCAUAAAGUGACAAUGGACAUGAAGUCAAUUUCUGCGGAAAAGCACGACGUCACACCUCAAGUAAUUGCACAGCUCAAACAGAAACUUGAGAAACUACAGGACAGCAAGUUUCCCGAAUGCUUUAGAGUUCCAUAUGACCCUGGUCUGAAAGCAGGAGCACUUGUGAUAGAAAAGUGUAAAGUAAUGGCAUCCAAGAAAAAACCGCUUUGGCUAGAAUUCAAAUGUGCAGAUCCCACGUCCUUAUCCAAUGAAACGAUUGGCAUCAUCUUCAAACAUGGAGAUGACCUGCGACAGGACAUGCUUAUUUUACAGAUCCUUCGAAUCAUGGAGUCCAUCUGGGAGGAAGAAUCCUUGGAUUUAUGUCUGCUGCCAUAUGGGUGCAUUUCUACAGGAAAUAAAAUAGGAAUUAUUGAAAUUGUAAAAGAUGCCACGACGAUAGCCAAAAUCCAGCAAAGCACAGGUGGAAACACAGGAGCCUUUAAGGAUGAAGUAUUAAACCAGUGGCUAAAGGAUAAAUGUGUAAUUGAAGAAAAGUUUCAGGCAGCCGUGGAUAGAUUUGUGUACUCUUGUGCUGGUUACUGCGUGGCAACCUUUGUCCUUGGAAUAGGAGACAGGCACAAUGACAAUAUUAUGAUCACAGAGUCAGGUAAUCUAUUUCAUAUCGACUUCGGCCAUAUUCUUGGAAAUUACAAGAGCUUCCUUGGAAUUAAUAAGGAAAGAGUUCCUUUUGUAUUAACACCGGAUUUUCUGUUUGUCAUGGGAACCACUGGAAAGAAAAUGAGUCCCCGCUUUCAAAAUUUUCAGGAUAUCUGUGUGAGGGCUUACCUUGCUCUUCGGCAUCACACAAACCUUCUCAUCAUUCUGUUUUCCAUGAUGUUGAUGACUGGAAUGCCUCAGCUGACUAGCAAAGAAGAUAUUGAGUACAUCCGCGAUGCACUGACGGUUGGCAAAAACGAAGAAGAGGCUAAGAAGUAUUUCCUAGAUCAGAUCGAGAUUUGUAGGGAUAAAGGGUGGACUGUGCAGUUCAAUUGGUUUCUGCAUCUUGUGCUUGGAAUCAAACAAGGCGUGGAGAAACAUUCUGCCUAAUGGUGAACGGAUGCACACAUAACUAGAAAGUAACCUGCUGUUACAAUCGGUUCUUAGCCUUUUGGGCCACCCCAGUUCCAGGGACUUUCCCCUGCCUAAAAUCCAACUCUCAUUAAAAAAAGAGAACUUUUGUCGAGGUGUUGAUACAGCACCGUGGUUGAUUUAACAUACACAAAAGCCUUGUUGAAAUGGCCUUCAUGCUCCCCCCUUAUUUGCCACAGGUGUUUAAUAACCUAUUGUUAGAAUUUAGAUGGUACCACUGCUUUGCUGAUUGUUUUGUGUAGCUCCUGCAGCAGGAUAGAAAGACCUUCUGAAAAUACUGGACCAUAUGCAGAAUAAUUUUUAAAGUAUUUUUUUCUCUUUCUCAUUUAAUUUUUAAGUAAACUGUAAUUUACAAAUAUUUUCUCUGAGAUCAAAUGUAGUGUGAGCAGGUGUCCACUUGUGAACUUGGGGUUUCCUUCCUCCUCUCCCACCCGAAGCCCCCCAAGCCAGCUCCAGAGGUUGGAGGACCUUCCAGAUAAGGAGAGAUGGAGGUGGGCAAAGAGAAGCUGGAAGUCUUGCUCUCUGCUUUCAUAAUAUUAGCAAAGGGACUCCAUUGUUUUAAGGAUAGGAAUUUGGAAGAGGAAGCAUCAUAGCGGUGUCAUUCUAGGUCGAGAAAUCCUCUCUGUUGCUGGGAUGAAUAUUACACACAAGAGGAAUCAUUCAUCUGUCUGAAAACUGAAGUGCCACUGUCCAUGGAUUCCUCUGGUAGCUAAUCACAGAGUGUUUCAGACCAUCCCUUUGAAGAAAGAAGAUGGAAGAGAAAAUUGCAGGAGCCAAUUUGCAUUGGUGGGGGGGGGACAGGGACUGCUAGGGUUGAUAGGUAGUAAACAGCUGAUCCAUUCUUAAAUUACUUGUAACCACUGCCUGUUAAGUCUGUACCUAUUAUUACUCUACGUGUGGAAGGAUAAAAUCUCUGAAACAGGGAUUAUUUGUCCAAGAGAAGCACUGCUUGGAAAGUAAUUUUACCCAUCUAAAUUUCAUUCUUGGCAGUGUCGGUUAGGUUUAAAGUUUUCAACCUUUCUUCUGAAGUUUCCCCCCCUUUUUUAAAAGUGAGUGGUAGUUUUCAUUGCCUGGCGCAGUGAUAUAUUUAUACUAAUUAAUAGUAAACUCAGUGAAAUAUUAACCUGUAUUUAAAAGCUUUAUAAUGGUGGUACUAGAAGAAACACUGUCCAAGAGCCUCUCCUUCAUUUACCAAAUGUUUUGACAAGCCAAAAGCUUAUUUAUUUUUCUCAGUGCCAGGUGUUUUAGUUUUCAAAUACAUACCACUGCCACAAUCCAGAACCACAAUCGUCAUACCCAGCUUAAAAAACAGGUGUUGUUUUUUUAAUGGGCCAUUCUCUUAUAUCUAGUACUGCACCACAAUCAAAACAGAAUAUAAAGAGACUAUAGAUUAAAUAUAACUACUAGGGGUGGUAUUCAGAGUAGAUGCACUAUAGUUAAUGAACUGAAGUUAGUUUUGUUCAUUACUUUUAAUGGGUCUACCCUGAGUAAAAAGUAGUUGAACACUACCCCUAGGUGUGUUAAGAUCUUCACUAGGAAGAUGGUGAGAAUUUUAUAAUUGAUUCUAGAACUGUAAAAUUACAAGCAUUGCUAAUACUACAGAUGUUGUCUGAAUUGUGUUUAUAUAGCCAAAGCAAAAAUGGCUUGAAAUUCUGGCUUCCAUGUGUUAUGUAAAAGCAAUUGGUAUGUAACAGAGUGUGUAUGAUAAAUGUUAAAAAGCAUAAUAGAUUUGGCUUAAUCUUUUUCUCAUCUACAUGAGUCACUUAACACGGUGACCCAAAUUAACAAAGUAAUGUGUUGUGGCUCUUUAUUAAGAAAUUCUUUCUUUCCUUGUCCACUUAAAUCGUUGUUUUAUGUGCAGUGAUUUCUUAUACAGUAUUAAGUACAGUAAUUUUGGCUGAAAUAGGAAAACAUAUUCUAACAAAGUUGCUUGUAAAUGUUUUAAAACUCAGUAUGUGUACUGUAGGCUUACAGUUUUAAAAACUGUGUCCUAAUUUUGAAAUGAUUUGCAUAUAUGAUUGAUUAAACAAUACUCAUA